UUGAAUUGAAUUUUGGUUUGUUCAGCAAUGUUGUUCCUACUCCACUCCCAAACUCCGAAUUCAUGAAUUCAUGCUCAUUUUCCGUCCAAGGAAGAAAUGUAACUCUAAAUUUCUCUCUCUCAAUCGGAGUCUCUCAACGGCGGAUUCAAUCGUAGACUCCAUACAAUCUGUAGGUUCGAAGUGUUGAAGAACGCUGUUGUCGACGUCGUCACCGCCAUUCUCAACAAUCAUUGUUGCGAUCAAGUGAUUUCCGUUCAUCUUUCUUAGACCGCCGCUUCAAGCCUUCUCUUACACCUGCUAUCUCAGUUCAGGUUCUAUCGAGAUGCCGUUCCAUAUCGGGAACAUAAACAACUACCACGUUGAAAAUAUUAUCAAGUGCAUAUGUUUUUCUCAAAAGAGGCAGCAUGAAUACUUAGGGCUUAUGGCUUCACUCAUUUAGUCUUCAUGAGGUUUAGUGUCUCCGGACUAAGGUAGAGGCAAAGCUGAAACACUAGGAAAGGAGAAAACAUUUGCAUUCUACAUUGAAGCACAAGGUUCUUUUCCUGAAUCAUGGAAGAUCGUCAAGGCAAGAGGAGUACCAAAACAUCCAUUAUCAAAGGCCUAAAUGCUUCGGUUCGACCAAUCAACAUUCAAAUGGACAAUCACUUGGUAAUCGGGGGAACCAGACACUAUCACCAGGAAACAAAUUGUAGAAGCCCGACAAUCGUUGAUCGUUACACUAUUAUGAAUCACUACGCUAGCAGCACUUCUGGAUGCAAUAGCUUUGGUUCUCGAGGAGCAGGAUCGCCAUUAUCACCACUUUCGGCUAUUGAGAAUUUGGAAACACCACCUGUAAGGUCUCCACAAAUUUAUGGAACUCCAGUGAAGGUCGAUGAAGAAGUGAUAGUAAUGGAUGGGAUUUUGAUCAGUUCGAUCCCUGGGGGAGCGAAGACAAUGAGGUCUCCUUUAGAUUCUGGAAGUGGUGGAGGUUUUUCGUCCGCCAAAAAUCAAUACAGAACGGACAUUUGCCGCUACUGGGAGGAUUCUGGAAGCUGCCGCUUUGGCCACAAAUGCCAGUUUGCACAUGGAAAGGAGGACCUUCGGCCUAGUCGUAUACCAGUUAGAACCAAGCCUAAGUUCAGCGAAACGUACGGUCCCAAGUUCCGCAACAGUCAUUCACUAACAGGAAUAGCUGCAACAACACAUUCAAACUUAAUAGAUACAUUCAACAAAACUGAACUUAGCAGAAGAGAAGAUCUUACGACAACGACGUCGUCAACCUCAGUACGCCACAUGAACACAAAGCCAAGCCUUAUUCCCACCAUUUCCAUCAUAGAUUGGUCACCUGAAGAUGAUGGCAUCAAAAUUGUUGUCCCCAAAACAGAGACAACAAAAAGAGAAGAUGUAAACCAAUAUAUCCAUGGAGUUCUUUAUGGUUCCACAACUGAGAGGACCAAAAAGAGACUCCCAGUUUUCACUCAACUUUGCUCUGAAAAACUCCAACAAGAAUAAGCAACACCAAGCCUUCUUCCAAUCAUCAAACUGCACAAUCAUUCUCAUAUUGCUUACACCAUUUUGUUUUGAAACACUCAGUCAGCUUUGUAAUAGGAGCUUUCAUUAGUCAUAAAGAAAUUAGGUAAUAAGGAAAAGGUUAGAGCAAAACAAUUAUCCAAGUUGUGAUUCACUAUUUCCUUUGCAUGAGGCUCAUUAAACAUUGAUGGUCAAUACUAAUUUUGACAAAAAUGGAUGAACAUGAAUGCAAUCUCUCUCUCUUUCUUUUUGA